CCGUUCAUCCCAGGAGCCAGGAGGGAAUGACGCUCCGCUCCGCUCCAAGAGUUUCCACUCUUUUCUCCCUGUUGGCGUGGAAACGCGCACGCUGAGCCGGACCUGCGCGUGCAUUUAGCCUGAAUCCCAAACCACAUGUCGCUAUGGAGACUCACAUUGUCGGCUCGUUCAGCCCACCACAAGUAAAGAGUCGGUUUCCGUGCUUUUAAAGGACUUUCCGUUUUCUUUUGGACAUGUUUAGUUUUCAGACUCGCACGCGCUUGGUGUCUUGUAACGUUUAGAAAUGCAGAGCCGCGGAUUGGCGAAGAGCCCAGCCGGACUGUGCGCGGUGCGCUCCUGCUUGCUGCUGCUCUUCAUCCACAUGAGCUCACCGGCGGACGCGAGGAGAGCGCGCGGUGGUCGGACGCAGAGGGUGCAGCCCCAGCAGGAGCAGCAGGCUCCUGCGUACAGGGAGCGCGCGGAGGGACCGGAGAGCUUCCCGUUGGACUUCACAGCCGUGGAGAGCAACAUGGACAACUUCAUGGUGCAGAUAAAGAACUUAGCGCAGUCGCUAUAUCCGUGCUCUGCGCAAAAGCUGGAGCAGGACAUGAAGCUGCACUUACUGAAGAAUGUAUCUGCGACUUGCAACGACGGGUCACCUGCAGGCUUCUACAUCAAAGAGUCGAAAGGCAGCAGAAGGUGGCUGAUGUUCCUGGAAGGUGGAUGGUACUGCUUCAACAAACAGACCUGUGACAGCAGACACGAGACCAUGAGGAGCCUGAUGAGCUCCACCAAGUGGCCACAGACCAGAAGAGGAACAGGAAUUCUGUCUCCACAGCCGGAGGAAAACCCGUACUGGUGGAACGCCAACAUGGUGUUUGUCCCGUACUGCUCCAGCGACGUGUGGAGCGGAGCCAGCCCCAAAACCAACCAGAGUGAUUACGCCUUUAUGGGCUCUCAGAUCAUCAGGGAGGUGGUGAAUGAGCUGCUGACUGAAGGGCUGCAAAACGCCAAGGUUCUGCUUUUGGCAGGCAGCAGUGCGGGAGGUACCGGCGUCCUGCUGAAUGUGGACCAAGUUGCAGAGCAGCUGGAGUCUGAGGGACACAGAGGGGUGCAGGUCCGGGGUCUGGUGGACUCCGGAUGGUUCCUGGACAACAAACAGUACAAAUCCACCGACUGCCUGAACACCAUCAGCUGUGCUCCCACAGAGGCCAUAAAGAGAGGCAUCAGGUACUGGGGCAGCGUGGUGCCGGAGAGCUGCAGACAGGCUCAUCUGGGAGAGGAGUGGAACUGCUUCUUUGGAUAUAAAAUCUACUCAACGUUAAAAAGUCCGGUGUUUGUGGUGCAGUGGCUGUUUGACGAGGCCCAGCUGACCGUGGACAACGUCCUGCUGACAGGACACCCCAUCCACGAGGGACAGUGGAGAUACAUCCAGAACCUGGGUCAGGAGCUGAGGAGCACGCUGGAAGACGUCCAGGCCAUGUUUGCUCCAGCUUGUCUGUCACAUGAACUCAUAACAAGAACAUACUGGAUGGACAUCCAGGUGAAAGGCACCUCUCUGCCCAGAGCGCUCCACUGCUGGGACCGCAGCCUCCAAAACAAGCUGCACAUCAACAGUAGCCAUGGAAACCACAGCCACCUGAAGCACAAGCCCCCUCCCAUGAGAGGUUGCCCUGUACAUCUGAUGGACGGCUGCCCGUGGCCUCACUGCAACCCGACCUGCCCGACCAUCAGAGACCAGCUGACGGGACAAGAGAUGGGCGUGAUGCAGUUCCUGAAGCACCUGGGCUUCGACGUGAAGAAGAUGGCUCAGCAGCAGGGGAUGGACCCCAAGAAACUUCUGGGCAUGCUCAGUAACGGAAGCUGAGCUGCGGGAAAACUCGGUGAAACAAACAGGAUGUUUGAGCUGUUAAAACCAUCAAAACAUUACGAACAGACGUUCCAACGCAGAGGAGUGGGUCCAGCCGGCUAUAAAGUGGUGACAUCCUGGUGACUGUAGCCUGCAGCAGCCUUCAGUGGGUUUACUGGGAGUGAAAACAUCCCAGUUGGCUGUGGGUCUUCCCAGUGUUCACGGACCAUGUAGGAAUAUGGUGGCCCCUCUAUGGUGCUGCUGCUUCUUAUAGGAAAUAAUUUAAAGGAACAUAUUUACAAUCAAAAAUUAUGAUUAGCUUGUUUUAUUUAUUUUAUUAUCAUCCUACAGUUUAUCACUUUUUACCUGCAUGUUAGUAAAAAUAAACCUGUAGAGGUUUUUGUGUCGUUUCUAAAAAGAAGUCUAAAAAUAAAGUUUGUACAACAGUC